GCCGCCAUGAGCGCCCCUCAGCCCCGAUUUCUUGCAACCUAUAACAGUCUUACAGACAAACACCUAGUUGGAUAUUUCAGCAAUGCCAGGAUAAGACGACAUCUUCAGAAAGCAGGACUGAUCUCAAGGAGUGGCCGAAUAAUACCUGAGAAAGAAUACCGUCUCAAUGCCAUGAGGAGGGAUCACCAGAGAGAUGUCCAGGAGUGCUUGGCUGAUGCCAUAUUUCAGAAGGUCCUUGACAUGCAGCGUCAUCAUCAGCUGGAGACAAAAAGGAGUCUUGAAUGUUCUGUGAGGAAAGAGAGGAUGCAGCCAAUCAAGGUGGAGGAAUUCAGAGCAUCACUGGAGAAUGUCAUCCGUGUGCACUGCCCACACCCACCGCUCACUCCGAGGAGCCACCACCGGCUCGGUGCCUUGGUGGCUGCAGAACGACCUGGUCGCUCACAGUGGAGGACACCUGGACUUGGAGUUGAUUGUGGUGGUGGACAUUGUCCUCAUCAGCACCGAACCAAGAAGUGUGCCUCCUCUAAGGGGGAGAGGAGUGAGUUAAGUCUUCUGAAUUCAGUGGAGUACAUGAGUGGUGUGUCACCGUGUCAGCUCCCGCUUAUCCACUCCUGUGUGGUGCCGGUGCCGCCGCCCCGCCUGCGCAGAGGGCACAGACGUGUCCCUCCUCUCAGGAGUGGGCUGCCCAUGUGCAGACGGUUUCAUCCCACCACUGCCUUCAAUGAACAAAUUUUAAUCAAGAAUACUAGAGGGUACCCCAAGUCCCCGUUAUGCAGCAAUGCCUUGGUCACCAUGAUCUACCUGGGAAAGAGCAGAAAUGUGUCCCUCUGUGAAUACAUGGAUGAAAUCAAAAUCUUUCAGCAACACUGUGGAACAGAAAACAUUUGUGUCUAUAAAGGCGAGCUGUUCGAAGGAGAUACCUUCCAGUUCACCUCCAAGAGGCACCUGGGGUUCCCGUUCAGCCUCACCUGUUAUCUCAACGGGCUGCAGGUUGACAGGCUGAGCUCUUGCUGUGAGUACAGAUAUCAGAGCCGUUCCCAGGUGCGAGCCAGGAGCGGCUACUUCAGGGUUCUCCACGUGGCAGGAGCACCUCCUUGCUACAGGUGCAUUCUUGCUAUGGGUCUGGACAAAAAGCUGUUCCCUCCCAAGAGGAAGACUAGGUACCAGGAUGGGAAGCAUGUGUGUUGCUGGGGAAGUGCUGUGCACAGUGAGCCAUGUGUCAGCAGCAUUGGGCAGAAAAGUAAAGACUCAAUGUCAAUGUCAGUCAUCACACGGGGUCGUGAAGCAAGCGUGGCAACUCUCGCAGAAGCACUGGAGACUGGAGAGGAGUCCAGCGAAGAAGAAAUGGAAAACCAGUCUAGUCAGGAGAGUGAAGAUAGUCAGGAUGACACCAGUAUAAAUGAAUAUGAUGAAGAUUUUGAAGCAGAUGAAGAAAUUAAUGAAGAGGGACAGACUGGUGAUCAAAUGAAUGGAAUGUCAGAGUCAUCCUCAGAUGAUAAAAACCGCAAUUUAGAUUAUGGGAAAGAGAGUGCAACCUCAUCCCAGAAGGCACUGCAGGCCUCUGACAGUGAGAAAAAUGAAAGUGAUGGAUAUUCUGACGACAAGGACUCUGAAGAUGAUCAACAAGAGAGGAGGCCUGCAGACUCUCUCUCAUCCAUGAGCACUCAGUGCAGCCCUGACUCCCAUGCUGAAAUGGUGACAGAUGAUGUGAGUGGCAAAGAGGACUGGAAUAUCAAAAGUACAUCUGAUAGAGCAGCACAUGCACACUAUGGAAAUGGGAAUGGGGAGAAGAAACUGCUCAGAAUGGAGGAAAAUCAGGAGAUUUCUGCAUUGGAAGAGAAAGGAAUAGAUGAAGCAGAAAAGACAAAACCAGAAGAUCUUACAGCAAGGGAAGAUACUAGAAUUUUUCAUGAAAACACAAUGGCAAUGCAGCAUCAAAAUCCUGAGGUUAAUGGGGAAUUCAAACAGCCUGGGUCAGGAGAUAGUAACCUGAAUGAGGAGGAGAAGAAACACCCUCCAGUGCCUUGGGAAAGCAGGGUGUUGAAGAUGGAGGAUGGCAAGGAAGAGUCUCCUCGGUGUGAGGAAGGAGGUGUUUUUGAAGAUUGCAAACUAGUACAGGAGGAAAUAGAAAAAACAACUGGAAAUGAUCAUCCUGUGAAUUCUGACCCUGAACCUGGUGAUUCAUGUGCCAACGAGGAAGAAAAGAGUGCAGCAAAUACAGAGUGUGAUGCCAGUGGAGCAGCAGCAGAUGGAAGUUUCCUGGCAGAAGGGAGGAGAAGCCUGGAUGUGCAGGAAGCAGCAGGAGAAGUGGUGCGAGCGGGGCAGGGACCAGCCCUGGAGCAGGACGGUGCUGCUGAGGAAGAUGCUGGCAGCGGAGAGGCCGAAGGAAGAGCCGCACGGGCAGAGGAGUCGCUGCCCCAGGCGGGCACGGGGGCUGCGCUGGAGGAAUCUGCACCUGAGGAAGGCGCCGUGGCAGAAGAACUUCCCAGCGGAAAGGGAACAGGGGAGGUGGUGAAGCUGGGCACAGAGGUGUCACCUGGGGAGCAGAAGGGUCGUCACAGGUGGAGGAGACGCUGGCAGCACAGGAGGAGGGGGGUGCAGCAGGAGCACUUCUGGGUGGAAACAGCAAAGCAGAGGCAGAGAGAGCAGUGGAAGGAAAAUCCGAAGGACAGGUGGCGGUGGGAGGGUCUGCAGAGGCUGCCGGAGCGGGCUCGGGAGGUGAAGAGGUGGCCACAGAUGGAGCAGCAGGGUCAAAGGAGCCGGCAGCUCGGCCAGAGGGGUGGCUGA